AUGUCUUCAUUGCGUUCAGAUUCAGCGCCUGAAGCUAAGGCUUCUAUCGAGCGCGCCGGGUUUUACCUUGUCAAGGACACCGAUGAGGAAACCGAUGCUGAGAAAGUCACAGGAAAGGGGAAACGUUUCGCUCAAUUCUACAACGCCGGAUACUAUACCAAGACACCACAAGGAUUAGACUUUGUCUUUCGAAAUAUAUGGGGGGACACAGAAAUACGUUCAAUCGUGCUAUCCAUCAUUGCACAGCCUCGCUGGGGCUAUCUCCGAUAUUUCAGCACUCGACUGUCCUCCGAAUACGCUUGGUUCUUUCAUAAUAGGGACGAGCGCGAUGAUGGCGAAGUGAUCCAUACGCUUCUGGUGCAGUUUUGGAUGCCCGGAUCUAGAGUGGUAUACUACGAGGGCUCGCAAUUGCAAUUCUUUGACGCCAAGGAGGAUCCCGACAAUUGGGGGGUCUUGAAAACACCCCUAAAUAACGUGAAGAGAGAAGGUAUUAUAACAAGGAUUGAAGAUAUGCCAAAUGGUGGAUAUACUGUUAUCGACAGUCGAUUAGGUUGGACUUGCGAGGCCGGAGGUUUCAUGAAUAUUGCGUUGGGUAGUGACGAGGAAGUAGCUGAGUGGGGUUGGAUGGAACUACCAGACACGCAACCUCUUCGCUCGAAGGUUGCUGAAUUGGAAAGUCAAGGAUUCCGAACGCAUUUCAUUUUUGAGAAGCUCAAUAUGUCAGGGGCAGAGAACAACUAG